GUGGCCUCAGGGGUCAGAUAAGCCGAAGGAAAAGCAGGGUAGCUGGAAGGACCGAGCAUAGGUGGAGCUUCACACACACACACACACACACACACACACACACACACACACACGAAAGGAGCCAGAGAGAGAACCCAGACCUGGGGGCAGCAUCUACAGGCCGAGAGGGGCUCCCAGAGGGUCCCGGGACCGAACACUACUGACCAUGCUGCCCUGCCUCCCCCUGCUUCUCCUGAUGGGGCUGCCUGCAUGCACCGGGACAGUUGACGAGAAACUGGCACUCGGAGCUGAAGCAGGGUCCUGGGUAACUGUGACCCUGGAGGAGGACGGUGUCAUCCCCCACAUUCAGCUCACGCUUCAGGAGGUGAAAAGGGGCAAAACGAGCCAGUUCUUUGGGCUGAUGGGGAAGCGGGUGGAAGGAAUACCUCCUAUCCAGCCAGAGAGAACAGGUAAGUGUUGUCUAGGUUUUCCUCUCAGCCUGCUCCCUGGGGAGGGCGGAGUUGUCCCAGCCACUAACAAGCCGGAGGUGGGGGACAUGUUCUGGCCAGGGGCAUGCCAGGCUGGCAUCGGAGAGGGUGGGGCCAGCCUGGUUUGGCCACACACUAGGCUUCCUGGCUGUUUCCUUAGAGAGGUGGUCUGUGCGUGUGGGGUCGGGGGCGGC